AUGAAUAGUACCAUUAAAUUCAUUGUAUCACUAUUUUUGAUCCUAUCGGUUUUCGGAGGAUUGUCACUCGCCCAAUUAUCUCAACUCGAAUUGGACUCUGUGAACUUCAUCAUUCAAUUCUAUGGACAACCGUUACCACAAGAUCAAUCGGUAUGUGGUUACGCUGUAUCAUCAUCAUAUGUUAGAUGUGACAAUCAGUCUACUGAUGGACAAUACCAUGUUAGACAAAUAUCUUUAGAGAUGAGUACAAGUGGAUCAGUUGGUAUACCUAAUCCAGAUUUGACAGGAUUGUAUUUACCAGCGUUGUUACAAAUCAAAAUCUUCAAACAUCUAAACUUUGCAAAUACAAAUGUGUCUAUGAAUAUAAUGGACUAUAUCAAGCCGUUGAAAACGCUGACAUCGAUUUAUAUUAUUGGAGACGUUUAUGUGGUCAUACCACCAGACUUUUCCGACUGGCCAAACCUCGCCGACUUUUAUUUGGAAAACAAUGGCAUCACAGCCAUUCCGCACAACUUUUUAAACAACUCGGUGCAACUUCAAAGCUAUGCCAUCAAAGAAAAGCUCGAGUCAUUCACCUAUGACGAUUCAUUGUAUUUCCCAUCGUUGAACAAGCUACUUGUGCAUAGUGAUACUUCAGUAGGAUUGCCAUAUCUUUUCAACCUUACUUCCAAAUCAUUCCCAGCUCUCACAGACAUUGAACUUGUUUUAAUUGGCUAUUCUACUCCUGUAGUUCAUAUUAAUAUUUGGAAUCUCGAUCAAGAUUUAACAGUACAUUGUUUCGGUUACAGGUCAAAUAAUUGUGAUUUACGGUUUUCAUCUCCAAAUAGAAUAACAACAUUAAUAUUGACAGGAACAAUAACUCCAAUCAUUACUAAAGAAUUCUAUCCAAGUCUCAAAUCUUUGAGUUAUACCGAUAGUAACUUGACACAAUUUCCAUUCGCAUCGUAUCCUCUCAACAUGACUUUUAUUGAUCUCACAAACAAUCAAAUAUCUACCAUUCCAAAUGUUCCAAUGCCCAAAGGUUUAGAAGAACUUCGACUCAAAAAGAAUUUAUUGUCCUCUUUUGAUAUUGACAAUCUGUUCACUAUGAACCAGGCUCUCAAAGUAUUGCAGUUUGAUGAAAACCCAUCCUUUGCAGGCCCGAUAACUGAUGCUUAUUGCAGCCAUGGUCUUUCUAUCCUCAACACACCUGUUCCUGAUAUACCCGAUUGUUUUUGGUGUUACUUUAAUGAAACAGGACCUCUCAAAAGAAUAUACACUUCCAUUCCUUUCCCAUACCCUUUUGUUUGUGAUGGUAAUAAUCUUGGAUGGGGCACUCUCAUAUUUACUGGUGCAUACCGUUUUGCGGCUAUCAAACCAAACAAGAUCAUUGCGGUUACUUUAGCAGCUCGACCAUUUGUUCCCACUCCAGCCACUGUUAAAUGGUCGACGUUUGCCGGUGCACCCCAAACCGAAUUUACAUUCUUGGAAACUGGAUCGGAUAUUUCUAUUACUGGUAACUUUGGAUCGUUAUUCAAUAGACCACUGGUAGAUUUUAUGAAUGGAACGACACUCAUUUCAGAGUGUACAGUUAAAUCCAUUUCAACAAAUUUAAUCGUUUGUCGUGUCCUUGAAACGGUGAGUGCUAAACAAAUCAAUGUUUCAGUGACUGUUGAUUCAUACAAUACAGUCUAUCAACUUUCACUUCAACAAUCUUGUCAACAAUCAACUAUCAAUUGUCAUGGUAACGGUCAAUGUGAUGUUGUAACAGGUCAAUGUAUUUGUAAUAGUAAUGCUUUUUAUAAUAAUUGUUCAAAUCCAUAUCCCAUUCUAUCAUCUGGUAGUUAUAAUGCAACAAAUAACAAGAUAGUUAGUUUAAAUGGUGAUUUUGGACCUUUUGGACAAUCAAACUUAUCAAUCAAGAUUAAUAAUACUUUGGAUUGUACGGUUGUUGAUAAAUCACAAACAUUAAUCACUUGUACAUUGGAACAAACACCAAAUUAUGGAUUAUCAUCAGUUCAAUUACAACUUGAUUCUUUGGAUACAAAUGCAAAGGAUAUAUUAUAUCUUAGACAACCUGAUAAUGGAGGUAAUAAUGGUUCAACAACCACUUCGACCUCUGGAGGUACAACAACAGAUACACCUCAACAACAAUGUGAAAAACAAACAUCAAAUUGUUACGGUCAUGGCAUUUGUGAUAUACACGGAAUAUGUCAAUGUGACAAAGACUAUAAUCUAGCUGAUAAUUGUUUUACAAAGUUUAUAAAUACGACUAUAACACCAAAUACAACAUCACCAACGGUAUCAUUUGAUAUUGAUGGAAUUGAUUUCCAAUUUGAAGUGGUAUCGAUUCAAGAAUUGGAUUUUGAUAGUAAUAUUAUUAAAGAAUUAUUUAUUUCAAAUUAUACUUGGAUUGUGAAUGCAUCAACCAAUAAUAUUACAACUAUUGUUGAUUAUCAAUUAAAUACAACCCUUUCAGCAUCCUCUUCAUCAGACAUCAACUCAAUACUUUUCCAAUCAGUCAGUGUACUGUCAACAAUAUCAUUCUCAACACAAUCAAGAGAUAUUCAAUUUGGAGAUCAACUACUUCACAUCAACCCAAAUUCUAUAAAGUUGGCUGUCAAUGUCGGGAAUUGGCAAUACUCAUCGAAUUUAGCAACACUCAGAGUUGUAUUUAGAACAAUCAUCAUCAACAAUCAAACAGUUGAAUACGAUUGCAAUGAAAAAGAUAUUGAUGCAUUAUCAUAUGAUUCAAUGUCAUCAUUGCAAUACCUCAGAGUGAUCAAAGAUGAUAUUCAAUUCAAUGGUAGAUUUAUUGAUGUUGCAUUGUCAGAUGGUCGACCAACCUAUUCACAAACACAACUCAUAUCAUUGGCACAAUCAACUAGUAAUGAAGACGAAUCGAUUGCAUUGAUUGGUAUCAACUUACCACAAUGUCAAUCAUGUGUUCUCGAUCCUGAUUUCUCACCAUUAUUAAUUGACAAGAGUAAUGAUAGUGGAUGCAACAAAUCAAAUACAUGGAGAAUUAUAGUUGGAUGUGUUGUUGGUGGAGUUGGUGCAGUUGCCAUUACAGUUGGAUCAGUGCUAACAUACAAACAAAUCAAAAAGAGAAAUACCUACAAUAACCAGAUGGCAGCCAAGCUCAAAAACAUUUCAUAA